AUGCACUUCUUGAGUCUCAGGGCCAACAAAACCUUACGCACGUCAGAUGUAUUUCUGCAUUUCUGUGGAGCUAUCCCUUCCUUGCAGGGGAGUUUUCACAGCGAACAGGCACUGAUAUAUGGUACGCAGCUCGUGGGUGGAGUCAAUCCAGCGAAGGGAGGCACCACAUGGACCAGCUCAGUCGGGCAGUAUAAACUCCCUGUCUUCAAAUCCGUCAAAGAGGCUAAAGAAGCAACGGGUUGCCACGCCUCAGCGAUCUUCGUCCCUCCUGCCCACGCUGCCGCGGCAAUUCUGGAGUGCGUAGAGGCCGAGCUGGACUUGGCAGUUUGUAUUACUGAGGGCAUUCCUCAACAUGACAUGGCAAUGGUCAAAAGGCGCCUACGUGAACAGACAAAGACCCGCCUCAUCGGCCCAAACUGCCCAGGAAUCAUCAAUCCGGGAGAGUGCAAGAUCGGCAUCAUGCCUGGCUACAUACACAAGAAGGGAUGCAUAGGCGUCGUCAGCAGAAGUGGAACUCUGACCUACGAGGCCGUCAACCAGACGACCCAGGUCGGUUUAGGCCAGUCGACUUGUGUAGGAAUUGGCGGCGAUCCUUUUAAUGGCACGAGUUUCAUCGACUGUCUCGAGAGAUUCGUUGCAGACCCGGAGACAAGAGGCAGUGCGCCUCCUGGCCGCCGCAUGGGUCACGCGGGAGCCAUCGUAAGCGGCAACACGGGAACUGCAGCGGGCAAGGUGAAGGCUUUGCAGGCCGCGGGAGUGGUGGUCGUGAACAACCCUGCUCGCAUUGGAGAGGCCAUGUACGCAGCCAUGAAAGAAAAGGGGCUUGUGUGA